CAGCAACUGAUCGAAAACAUCUUUUCUUUUGGAGUCCUCUUGAACCCGCGUGGGUACACUGCAUGGAAAAAGAAAUACGAAUCCUCAUUAGUGGUCCUGCUGCUGAAGUGGACACCCUCCUCUUUCUGUUGUGCUACACUCUAACAGUGUGAGAUUAAUUGAGGAUUUGCUUAUAUUCAUGGGAACAAGACGCCUGAAGAGAGACCUCCAAGCCCUGCUGGGAGAUUACAUUGGACAGAGGCUCAGAGAAAAAAACUUUGAUCCCAAGGGAAGGAAGGAGUCAACCUUGCUGGAUGAAUUGGCCCAUUAUGAUCUGGCCAUUAGUGUGGCCCUGUGGUGGCUGGAGCAAGAAGGGCAAGAUGCCGUUGAGAGUGGCAUCAUUGGAGCCAGCAGCGCCGGGUGUAGCCAGUACCCCAACCAUAUGGAACGAGAGGCCAUGAUCCUGUCCACCUUCACUGGGAUGGUCCUGAACAGCCUGCCUGUUAAGGAAGUCCUCUCCCUCUACAGCUGCAAGCCCUCUGCCUCUUACAUGCAUGAAGACACCAAGAGCGCCAUCGUCCACCCCUUCACGCUGUCCUAUCACCCGUUUGCCAUGCUGAAGUCUUACAAAGCUGUGGCGCAUUCCAAGAGGCACUCCCAAAAGCUGCAGCGAUGGAGAUCUGGACAGUGUAAGGCUGGCACCCCCUCUGGUCAGAACGUAUCAGUACCGUCAUCAUCCUCAUCUUCUCCACAACCCUCUCUCAGUGUCAGUGAGGACUCCCUGAGAGACGAGUCAGAACACUACGAAGGCUCAGCGGAAUCACUGCAUGACUAAAGGGAGGAAGGAGCAGCUCUCAUCAGGAGGACAACUCCCCCACAUUGAUGGACAUCCCUGACAUUAACACAGUUCCACCUUUUUCUGAGGAGUAGUUACCUACAGGCACAACACAUGCUGAAGUAUUUGUGUAAUAGUUCCCCGAUGAACGUUGUAACCUCUUGUUCACUCUA